CCAGCCCGCCUCAGGCAGACGCCGGUGUCGGAUUGUGAGACACCCAGAGAGCGAGAGACCUCGGGAGCUAGCGUCUGAGGUCGCUAAUAACUUUAGGCUCUAGUCAUUAUCUAGCUUACUUUUAUUUACAAUGUCUACAUCGGGGCCCUUGGAUCGAGUGGAACUCUGUGAAAGCCUUUUAACAUGGGUUCAAACAUUCGGGGUCGAGGCUCAAUGCAAGACUGUGGAGGACAUGACGAGCGGCGUCGUUAUGGCGCAGGCUCUCCAGAAAAUAGACGAAGUGUAUUUCAAUGACGCAUGGAUUAGUCGAAUCAAGCCAGAUGUUGGUGACAACUGGAGGUUAAAGGUCAGCAAUCUAAAGAAAAUUCUCAAAGGUAUCCUCGAUUAUAACCAGGAGAUUCUCGGCCAGCACAUAAACGACUUCACGCUUCCUGACGUCACCCUCAUCGGAGAACACUCCGACCCGGCAGAACUCGGGAGGAUGCUUCAACUCAUUCUGGGAUGUGCUGUCAACUGUGAACAGAAGCAAGAGUAUAUCCAAUCCAUCAUGAUGAUGGAGGAAUCAGUCCAGCAUGUGGUCAUGACAGCCAUCCAAGAGCUCAUGAGUAAAGAGACUCCCGUGACAGGAGGAAACGACUCCUACGUGGAUCUCGACAGACAGUUAAAAAAGUCUGUUGAGGAGCUCAAUGAAGCUUUGGCCACAAAGGAGGAGAUUUCCCAGAGGUGUCGUGAGCUUGAUAUGCAGGUGGCAGCCCUACAGGAGGAAAAGAGUAGCUUGCUUGCGGAAAACCAACUUUUAAUGGAGCGACUCAACCAGUCGGACUCCAUCGAGGAUAUCAACAGCCCGGCCGGCCGCAGACACCUCCAGCUGCAGACGCAACUGGAGCAGCUCCAGGAAGAAACAUUCAGGUUGGAAGCAUCGAAAGACGAUUAUCGGAUCCGUUGCGAGGAGCUUGAAAAAGAACUUUUGGAGGUGAGGUCGCAGAAUGAAGAGCUCACAUCUCUGGCUGAUGAAGCCCAGUCGCUGAAGGAUGAGAUGGAUGUUCUCAGGCAUUCAUCAGACAAAGUGUCAAAGCUUGAGGGCACAGUAGAACACUACAAGAAGAAACUCGAGGACAUGGGACUCCUCAGGAGACAGAGUAAGCUUUUGGAGGAGAAGAACACAGUGUUAAUGCAGACCAACAUCAGUUUAGAAGAAGAGCUCCGAAAGGCUAAUGCUACCAAGGGCCAGUUGGAGACUUAUAAGAGACAGGUGGUGGAACUUCAAAACAGACUGUCGGAAGAAUCGAAAAAGGCCGACAAGAUGGAGUUUGAGUACAAACGUGUCAAAGAGAAAGUCGACUCUUUACAGAAAGAAAAGGACCGUAUGCGAACGGAGCGAGACUCUUUGAAGGAGACCAUUGAGGAGCUGCAUUGUGUCCAAGCUCAAGAGGGACAGCUAACGGCAGGUCUUCUCCCACUCGCCAGCGCCGACGGUUCCGAUUCUUUGGCAGCCGAGAUCACAACGCCAGAGAUUCGAGAGCAUUUGAUUCGCCUUCAGCACGAGAACAAAAUGCUGAAGCUGGCUCAAGAGGGCUCGGAUAACGAGAAGAUUGCGCUUUUACAGAGUCUGCUGGAAGACUCCAAUAGAAGGAAAAGUGAGCUGGAGACCGAAAACAGGUUAACCAACCAGCGCCUGAUGGAGGAACAGAGUCAGAUAGAAGAGCUCCAGAAGAAUCUCCAGGAACAAGGCUCCAAAGCAGAUGAUUCUUCCAUUAUGAAGAAGAAAUACGCCGAGCACAUGGAGAAACUUCAAGAAGUGAACAACGAGUUACUGAAGAAAAAUGCCUUCAUCGACGAGAUGGAGCCCAAAUACGCCGCCGGCUCUCAACGCGUGGAUGAACUGGAGGAGGCCUUGAAAAAGAAAGAUGAUGAGAUGAAGCAAAUGGAGGAGCGGUAUAAGAAAUAUCUGGAGAAAGCCAAGAGCGUAAUUCGCACUCUAGAUCCUAAACAGAACCAGGGCUCAGGUCCAGAAGUUCAGGCCUUGAAAAACCAGCUGCAGGAGAAAGAGCGGAUGCUGCACUCGUUGGAGAAAGAAAUGGAUAAAACAAAAAGCCAGAGGGAUUAUGAGGAGAAACUGAUUGUGUCGGCCUGGUAUAAUAUGGGAAUGACUUUCCAGAAAAAGGCGGCCGAAGACAGAUUGGCCAACACCGGCUCCAGUCAGUCUUUCCUGGCCCGCCAGAGGCAAGCCACCAGUUCCCGGCGCAGCUACCCAGGCCACGUCCCGCCGGCUACCGCGAGGUAGAAAGGCAGACAAAAAGUUCCAGCAGCAAAACUACUUUAUUCAAAACCCUGAACUGUUCAUUUCAAAUUCUGCCUGUUGAUUUUCAUUUUGUUUUUUCUUCACCCUUCUUCCUGAUUAGAUCCGUCAGGUAGAGAUGCCAGGCAAGACUGCCCAAAAACGUUUCGCCGCUUUUAUUCCCGGCUAAACUUUUUUUUUUUUUCCCUCUGAGUCAAGUGAUGGCAGAGCACACACGAGACGAGCAUUGUUUUAUCAUCGCGCAUUGCUCACCACUUAACCUCAACAUGCAGUAGUCAUGCACAAUUCUACCUAGAUCAGUCUUAAAAGUAUUUUUUUUCUUCAUCUUUUAUUUCUAAACGGGUAACAAAUGUUGCUGAAAUAAUUUCAGUAGGUGCGACUUCACCAGCGUAUACUUGGUUUUCUCAUCACACAUUUUAGUGCCAAAAUAGAAAAGUAAACACACAAUAGGACAGCUGCAUCUCCUGGAAGUGGAAAUUGAAGAAAGGAUUGAGUGGAGCACCGCUUUUUUUUUUUUUUUUUUUUAAGUCAAGUCUUUCAUCUUAAACAACUUUCAUGGCUCACAAAUCCCUAUUUUGAAAUCAUUUUUUUGGUUUUAGUCUUUCAAAAACUAACUCUGUUAAUUGUUCAUGACAGGACAUGUGAUGUGGGGAGAUUUUUUAUUUUAACAAUAGCCAAGAAAUAUUCAUUUGUGGCCACAAAAAAGGGAAAAUGUGUGCACUAAAUACUCAUUUGUGGCCACAAAUUAACCAUUCCUUAACCCCCCCAGCCCUGUAUCACAUCUGGGGCACAUUAGUCACCCGCUUUUAAAAUCCAGGCCAAAAUUCACUGCUAACAUUCCCUCCUAUCUGACUGUUAUCUCCUGUUCUCCUCCCUCCCCCCCCCCUAACAGCAAUAUCCCAGCAUGAUCGGCGCAGCAGUGACCCCGGCCCGAUACGGCCCGGCCCAUCCAUGCUGGCGAAACCCGAGGCGCACGAUGCAUGCAAUACCUGCCUGCCGACCCUUUGCAUGACUUUGCAUUGACUGUGAGUUAACCCGGCAUACGGCAACAGCAGCAUGAGCACUAACAGCCCUCUGCAGCAUUGCGAUCCUCUGUUGCGCCACUAGGGGGAGCUGUGGGGAAAGAAAACUUCAUUUAUUCAUCUUUUGUAUUCCUCUUCCCUGUUGCUUUCUUGCUCUUCAUGGACAUGCCUGCUUUGUGUUUCCAAACGGCAUCAAGCCUGUUUUAGCACAGUGACAUCUAUCUGGAAUACCUCAACAGCAUUUUUCCACAUAUUCAGUAGUGAAUUGAUUUCAGUAUUUGAGAGGGAAGGAAAAAAACAGGACAAAAAAAAUUACCUUUUAUAUCGGAAAUUUUCCUCUCCCAUUUUGGACACUUUGUCAUUGUAAAAAAAAAAUCGAAGAAAGACUUUACCUAUCCUUAAAAUGUGACCCGAGGACAUGCUAGCUGGGCUUUUACCUCAACUUUUAGCAACUAGGCAUAGGAUGGGAAAAUGUUUGUAUACAACACAAAAAAAAAUCACAAAUCCACUUUUAAGUAUUUUUCUAAGCUCCAACAUGUCUGUAUUUUGUGACGUCAUGUCGAUUUGAUACAUUUGAUGUAUAUAGCGUACUUGAACAUAAAGCAGGCGCGUCCUUUGCGUGGUGCCGUAUACAUCCAAAGAAGAACCAGUAUUGAGCCAAAAGUAAGUAUUCACACAUGUCAAGCAUCUGUGAAGAGAAAACUACAUCAAUGUGGAGUUUCUAUUGAAAGGCCAAGCAGAUGAAAAAUCCCUCGAAAAUCAAUAAUUGUGUGCAAGUCAUGACAAAAUAAUCAUAGGUCAACUUUAUCAUGCAGCUUCAUAUUGUACAUGUAUUUUCUGUAGCUUCUUAUUGCAUAUUUAUAUUUGAACUGCAAGGCUUAGGAGGUCAAUUUAUUUAAAAUGGUGGCGCAUGUUACAGGCAUGAAUGCAAGAAAUGGUUCAAUCCGCCAGUUUAGUGCCUUUGUUACCGAUGCGCUCAUUUUGAAGGCAGUGUGCGAGCUGACUUUUAAACAUGUUUUUUUUUUUGGUGUCGUUUUGAAAAGACAAAUUAUGGGAUAUCAACUGCCUCCGUUUUCAUAGUUGCUUCUAAACAAGAGUUGAUGAGGGCUUGUCUUUUUCUUAUUUUACUCUGUCAUGUGUAACGAUUUAUCUUAUGCAGUGCAUUUUUUUUUAAAUUCUUAUUUAUUCUUUUGUGUCUUGCGCAGAAGUGUUAGUAUUAUGUUCCCACCUUAACGAUUCAUUUAAAAUAAUUGUCUCAUACAAACAACAAGGAAGUGACCCAAAACUGAAAAGUCAGACCGGUGAACAGCGUGUUGCUUUUAUUUCCUUACAGGCACGACACAGUUUCAGGAUUGUUCGAACUCGUAAAAAGCACAUUUUGAAACCUCAAAUUACCUUGCAUUGGAUUUACUCUCAUACUACAAAUAAAAAUUAAUUAGUGGUCAUUUGCAGUCAAUAGGAAAUUAAUUAAAAAAGUGUAGCGGAACCGUCAAAGUGAAAUGAUCCUUUAUGAUGUGACAUGAAAAACAUUUUGCCUUUGUAAAAUAAAACAAAAACGAAUCAAAAUAAAACUCACCUUGAGGACAGGACGUGAUAUUCGGCACUUCAGAUCGGCUUUAAUCGAAUGACACAGAGGAAGGAAGUUACCCGAUGCAACUUGAUCUGAUCAAUUUAUUUAGCAGACCAAACUGUAAUGGAGGCGAUUUUUGGUGCUUGACAAUCCAAUUAUUCCGUUUCAUUUAGCCGUGGCGCUCACGUAGUAUCAAAGAGUGAAAUAAUCAAGAAUUUGGCGUUUCCAUGUUACCCGACUGCAAAUGGUCAAAUGUUCUCGUACUCUGUCAGACUGUAGAAUAUCAUGCAGUGUUUAUACUUUUUUUUUUCUUUUUGUUACUCAUUUGGACAAUGAAGUUGCAACUAACUAUCCAUUUGCCAAGUUUUUUAUUGCUUGUAUCCAACCCCCACUAUGUAUAUAGUCGCAUUUUGCAACUGCAGUUACAAGGGGGGGCCUUUUAGGGACGGUGAUCAAAGUGGUUAAGAUGGAGAUCUGAUAACGUGCUUCCGACACUGUAAACUUUGCAGACGACGUUGUAAAUAAAGCUUAUAUUCAAAUA